GUGUAGAGAGAGAAAGAGGAUUAGAACCAGGACAGGCAGACACCUCCCCUUUGCUCUACCAGGCCUCCCUCUUCUCCCAAUUUGAUGCUUAUAAAUAGGAGAGAGAAAGCGAGUUAUAGAGAGAGAAAGGAGUAGUUUUGAGGGUUUUCAAGCUGCUAUUGGCUUUGCAGCCAGAUCUGAGAAUCUCUCAUGGCAGGCAGAAAAUUUCCUUUUGCCUGAUUAAGGAAGUGAAUGGGAGAUGGACGAAGGUCAGAGAGAAAAUGGGCGACACAAACCAGAUCAAUACAAGGCCAUGCUUGGCCACAGCCAGUGGAACGCUCCCCAACAGUCCAUGAAGGACCACCCGGCCUUUAAGCUGAUGGCCCUGAUGGCGGAGCGUGACGCCGCCAUCCAGGAGCGCAAUGCGGCCCUAUCUGACAAGCGGGCGGCCCUCGCCGAGCGUGACCUUGCCAUCAGCCAGCGUGAUGCCGCCUAUGCCGAGCGCAACACCGCCCUCCAAGAGCGUGAUGCCGCCAUCGCUGCCCUGGAAUAUGCUCGCGAUUAUGGUAUGGGCACGGGCCAGCCGCAAGGCCCCCCUGGAGCCAUGCCUCGAGCCCCUAGGGCCCAUGUCGACCCCAACUCUUCGUACCCACCUCGUGAUAAUUCCCAACCUAACCACCACAAUGUCACCGAAGCCUACCCAAUAUCUUCCUCUGAGCCUGCUCUAAAUGUGAAGCCUAAGCGAGCAAAGAGACCGAGAAAAGAGGGUGCAAACAAGGCCCCCCACCAGGCUAAAAAGGCAGGUGGACCGAGGCAGCGUAGGUCGAAGACAAGGGGGGUCGAUGACUUGAACAAGCAACUGUCAGUGGCGAAGCAAGAGUGGAAGAGUCAGGAUUUGGGGUUGAAUCAGGUGACGUUUGAUGACUCAACAAUGCCUAUUCCAGUGUGUUCGUGCACUGGGGUUUUGCAACAGUGCUAUAAGUGGGGUAAUGGAGGGUGGCAGUCCGCUUGUUGCACUACUCAGAUUUCGAUGUACCCAUUACCUGUGAUGCCUAACAAGAGGCAUGCCCGUGUUGGGGGGAGGAAGAUGAGUGGAAGCGCGUUUACCAAGUUGCUGAGCAGGCUUGCAGCUGAGGGCCAUGACCUAUCGGUGCCUCUUGAUCUCAAGGACCAUUGGGCAAAGCAUGGGACCAAUCGCUAUAUCACCAUCAAGUGAGCUCAGGUGAGUGUGUUUCAUUCGCCUGUGCGAUGUUUGUGUAGGAGAAAGGGUAAAACAUAACCUCUUUUUUCUCUCCUGUUUAGCCUUUUGUAAUUUUACGUGGUCUUGCUCUCUCUUAGUGUCUUUUUAUUUUUCUUUAAAUCGUUGAAGCAUUUAAAUGGUCAACAUGCAUUGUAGGAGGGCUGCAUGUGGGAAUGAUUGGCCAGUGUUUGCAGCCCUCAUAGAGAGAAAGGGAUGUAGGGUUUCCAAUAGACUUUGGUUAAGAGGGCUCCAAAUGAAUUCUAGUAGCAGUGUAUGUUGUCUUCUUUCGAGCCUUUCGGGGCACACCAGUCUUGAUUGUCUUGUUUUUACCUUGUGUUGUAUCAUCUCUUGGUGGAGGCUUGAGGGUGGGCAGUGGGCAUAAGUAGGCAAGGAUCAGAUUUGAUGGAUGGGUAUUGUUCAACAUUGGAUGCAAAUAUGUUAGAGAGAGAGACAGGAGGAGAGAGAGAGAGGGGGGGGAGGAAUUGAAAAACUACAUCCACCAGCAUGUCUGUGUGAGAGAGACUGUGACUGAAUGAGAUAUGCCAUGUAUAUCCAUGUUUAUUAAUGAUAAGUGCGAUGCUGUUUUGGAA